AUGGCUCCCAGUCGCAAGAAACUCGCAAAAGCGCGGACCCACCCUUUGAAGCGCUCGAGCGACAAUAAUGACUCGCCAAAGCGGCACCAGCGCUCCCAGUCUGACGUCCCCCAGACCCCACAUAGUCAGGAGAACCGCUGGAAGAGGAAAUCCAGGGACUCGCGUGGCCGUAGCAACUCCGUCCUCUCGCCAAAGAGGCGGCCGUUAAGAGAGCUGUCGCCUUCCGAGCGCAAUGGGCAAACGCCGUCUCCUGAGCGCUGCGAGCAGCACAUUUCCCCCUUGACUGUGACGGAAAUGGAGCAGCCUGCACAGAGCGCACAGCAGAGGGAGCAGCAUUCGGUUGUGGAAAGACCGGAACGAGGCUCGCCGUCGGGGACCUAUUUUAAGUCUCCCUUCCCUUUGCAUCCCUCGCAAGUAUUGCUGCCAAGCCCCGCUACUACCCCGAGCUUUUUUAUUACCUACGAUGACGGCCCCGCCACGGAUGACGGCAGCCCCGCCGAGGAAGAGGACAGCCCCGCCGAAGAAGAAGAGGAAGAAGAAGACAGCCCGGCCGAGGAAGAGGAAGACGACCUAGAGGUUCGCGAUUUCUGCGAGCCGUCUGUCGGCACCUCGGACGCCCCGGAAUUCUUCAAAGAUCUCGUCGUGGGGCCUUCGCCCGCCGAAAGCAGGAGGACCUCCAUCGACACGACGACGGCAUCCACCGAGGACGAUGACUCGCUUCCCUACCCUAUUUCUUUUUCAAGGCUGUCCAGCGAUCUCUAUGGCUCCGUCAAUUCGCGCACUUCCAUGAUGCAGUCCACCGUCCGAUCCAUUCAGCCCUCGGAGGAGUAUAAAUCGGCGACAUCGGUGCGCUCAUCAGCAUCUUCAGAGACAUUAUCGACACGCCAACAUGACGGCCGGAAGUCCACGGCCAGCAAUUGGACAGUCCACGCUCAUAUGUCAUCUUCGACCCGCCCCACCUCAACUAACCCACGGACCCCUUCCCCUUUUGGAAUUUCCUCCACGCCCACGCCUCAGUACGGCCCCCACAGUCCCGGUGUUUCUCAAGACAAACGGCCUGUUUCAACUUUCGGUAACCCUCUGACGCCUUACCUGGACAAUGAUUGUGCUUUACGCCCGGUGUCCGCGAGCGAUGCAUAUUCAGGGAAAGUCUCUAAUUUUGGCUCUAGCGAUGAGCUCCUGGCCGACCUUACCCCUCCUACGAGAUUCACUCCGUCUUGGAACUCAACUGCCACCAAAGCAUUUCAGGCUACUUCGAAUCCCGACAACCACCAUCAGGAAGUUUGCAGCGUAUCCGGAAUGUCGACUACCACCACCGAGGAGAUUGAACCCGCAGCCCUCUGCAUGCCUAAGAGGGUUGCGCGGUCAAAUCAGCGCCAAAAUUGGACUGCACGGCUCCCCUCUACUUCAACUCAGCCGGAACCAAUUCAACCUCUGCCAACAAUUCCUUCGUCGUCUCACAGCGUUCCUCCCACCGAAUUCAGCUCUCGUGCCACUGCCAAUCCAUCUCUCGUCUCUCUCCCGACAAUGCGUCUCGAAGGUAGCUUGCCGUCGUCGAGACCGCAGACUCAGGAUAGAGGCGAGGAGUCUUCAGCUACCGCCGCUGCAAGGGCAGAACUCCCCCCGCUCAGGAACCCAUGGCAGUCGGUGGACUCGACAAGUUUCUUCAACCUCAUGAUGGGCCGUGGUAACGAUAAUGGUGGAAACUCGGGAGCCUCGUCGCGGCCUGCCACAAGAGCAAGCAGGUCGAGCAGCGCCGCCACCGUCCUAUAUGCUGCGAAAGGGCUUCCUGCAUGGGCUAGGUCGUUCUACUCUACCGGAGACCCGAGCGUGAUCGGCUCGUCUUCGCGUCCCUCCACGCGGUCCAAGCCGUCCCAAAGCUCUCUGCGCCAGCCCAACACCAGCGGUAGCGGAAGCAACGGCAGCGAAAAGCAGAACAACCGCUACGGCAGCCGCGCGGGCAGCAGCUCGCGGCCGACUAACACCGCGCCCACAGACAGCCCGGCCUCCUCCCAGUUCAGCAUCGCAAGCAUCCAGCGCCCGCGCAACCGGCCCCACAGCACCAUCUACAGCGAGAACUGGACGCCCUCGCCGCACCUGGCCGCCGAGGCGACCAGCGACGAGGAGUCCUCCAACUCCACCACCUACUCCUCCUCCGCCGACGACUCGGCCUCGGACGGCGCCUCGAGCUUCGGCAACUACUCGGCCGGCAUCGAGUCGCACCACCCCAGCACCGCGCACAGCAACGCCACCACCGGCGGCCUCCCCUCGCGCCACCAGUACCAGCCCCAGCUCCGCAACAUCUCAGACGUCCCCACCGCCGCCGACGACUCCAUGCACGGCACCCAGCGCCGUUUUCCUUCCCGCAUGUGGCACUGGGCCGCCUCCACCAUGGGCUCCACCCACAGCGGCGGGAGAAACGCCAGCAACCGCGCCCCCCCGCCGCCGCUCCGCUACUUCGGCCCCUCGGGCCCCGAAAGCAACCAGACCCCCCGCCUCCGCCGCGACCAGAGCAGCGCCUACUACGCCAACAGCACCGCCACAAAGUCGUUCCGUUACCUGCGUCCCAGCAGCUGGGUUUGUGGCAACUCAAACAACGGCGACACGUCGGACAACCCCAACCGCCCCGCCGCGGACCGCCAGGUGUGGCUGUUUGUCCUCGGCUUCCUCGUCCCGUUCGCGUGGAUGCUGGCGGCGCUGCUGCCUGUGCCGGAGAAGAAGACGAAGAAGAUGAAGAAGAAGGAGAAGAAGGAGAAGAGGGGAAGCCACCACCACGGCGGCGGCGGUGGAGGUGGUGCGGCGGCGUCAGCGGCGUACACUCGGCAUGGCGAGGAGAAGGAGGAGGGCAGGAGGGACGUUGAGGAGGAGGAGGAGGAGGAGGAGGAGGAUCGAGACGGUGCGGAGGGGGCGGGAGCGGGGAGAAGCCGACACCAACAGCGCUAUUAUCAUUACAGGCGCGACGAGCGGGAUGGAGAUGCCGGUGUGGAGGCGGAGGAUGGCAGUGGGGGCGUGGUGGACGUCGAGGCGCAGAUGGAGGCGGCGCAGAUGGAAGUGUUGAUGGAGAGGGAGCGCGUGCGCGCGGUGUGGUGGCGCAGGCUGAACAGGCGGAUGAGCGUCGUGGGGGUGGCGGUCGUGGUCGUCGUGGUCGUCGUUGUGGCGGUGACGUUGACGGCUUGA